AUGUCGGCUGUUCCCACGCCUGCGGAUUACACCAUCGGCGGGUCAGAGGGGAGGAUCCUAAGCAGGACGGAGUUCCCUUCGUUUCCGUACGACAAGUCGUACGACAUCCAGCUCCAGCUGAUGCGCGCCGUGUAUGCCGCCGUGGAGCACGGCCAGGUCGGAAUCAUGGAGAGCCCCACAGGCACGGGCAAGACGCUGAGUCUCAUCUGCAGCGUGCUGCAGUGGCUGCUGGACGAGCACGAGCGACAGGCCCAGAACGCAGCGGGCAACCCUGCGGUGCAACCGUCCAGCGUGGGAAAGGACUGCGACAAUGGGAGUAACAGUGGCGACUGUGGCGACUGUAAAGGCUCAGAAGAUUGCGAACCAGACUGGCUUAGGGAAUACGAGGGGUUGAAAGAGCGAGAGGCUGCAGCCAGGGUGUGUGCGCAGCGGCAGCAGCGGCUGGAGCGGCGCAGGCGGGAGAGAGAGGCUGCUAGCGCAGACGUGCUUGGGCCGGGCGGCAUUCGGUGGCAGCAUGUGCAGGUAGAGGGGAGCGGUGAGGAUUCCCACGGGAGGUGGGGGCGGCGCUCUUUCGGAGGGGCGAUGGACGGUGGGGAUCGGAGGAAUGGGAGGGGUGCGGGAGCAGCGGGCGCGAGUGACAGCAGCAGUGACGAGGAGAGUGGUGGCGGUGCCGCUGCUGCUGCUGGGCGCAUGGCAGGCACGGGUGGAGCUGAGGCUCUGGCAGAGGAAUCGCUUAAGGUGUUCUUCUGUAGCCGCACACACUCGCAGCUUUCCCAGUUCAUCUCAGAGCUGCGCCGAACGCCCUUUGCGGACCGGCUUUUCACUGUUGCCCUUGCCUCUCGCAAGAACCUCUGCAUCAACCAGUCGGUGUUGAAGCUGGGCAAUGCGAGUGCUAUCAGCGAGCGCUGCCUAGAGCUGCAGCGCCUGGCAGCGGAGAGGAAGAGCAAGGCGAGCAAGCAGGGGGAAAGGGACCAAGCAAGCAAGGGCCGCACGAGAGCAUCCGCGUCUGCGUCUACCUGUGGCUGUCCGUACUGGGGCAAGGCCCAGCGGCAGGAGCAGUUCCUGCAGCACCUCGUGGCAGCGCCGCCAGCUGAUAUAGAGGACCUGGGCCGACUGGGAUCACGGCUGGAGACCUGCCCGUACUACGCGGCUCGGGCAGCAGCGCGGGCAGCGGACGUGGUGGUGCUGCCAUACCAGUCCCUGCUGCACAAGGGCGCUAGAGAGGCGCUGCUGGGACCAGGGGAGAGAGCUGUAACAGCCAGCAACGGAGGAGGAGGAGGCACAGCAGGAGCAGCAGGAGGUGUGGGAUCAGCAGGUGCUGUGGCUCCAUCUAACAGAAGAAGUGGGGUGCGAAGCAGCAGCGGGGGCAGCGGGGUGCUGAGCAACAGUGUGGUAGUGGUGGACGAGGCGCACAACCUCACAGACGCGCUGGCAGGCAUGCACAGCUGCAGCCUGUCCGCGCGGCAGGUGCAUCUGGUGCAGGCGCAGCUGGCGGGGUACCUGGAGCGGUUCAGGCACAAGCUGGGCGCGGGGAACCGGCGGUAUGUGCUGCAGCUGCAGGUGGUGGCCAGAGGCAUUGCUGCUGUCAUCGCCGGCACCAAACAACCGCGCAUGCAAGGCAUAGACGAGUUUCUCUUCUCUCUGGCCGUGGACAACAUCAACCUCUUCAAGCUGCACCACUACGUGCAAGCCUCAAACAUCGCCCACAAGCCGUCGCAGCACAGCAUUGGAGUGAGCGCGUUCCGUGCAUUUGCCGAGUUCUUCUCGUCUCUCUGCAACGCCAAUGCGGACGGACGCGUGCUGCUGUCGCCCGCUCCCACCCUGACCCAUUCCACCAACCACAGCAAGCACACCAACCACAGCAAUAACAACAGCUUCCGUGCCAAAAACGCCAACGGGUGGGAUCGUGCUGCUGUUUUGGCCACGGGGGCGAAGGAGAGGGAGGGGGGGAGUGGGAGUGGGGUGGGGGGUGGAGAGGAGGAAGGGGGGCAGGGGGAGGAGGAUGGUGGUGGAGGGUUUGUGAAGUUUGUGAUGCUCAACACUGCCCAGCACAUGGAGGAGCUCCUCACAUCAGCACGGGCCAUCAUCCUAGCAGGAGGCACCCUGCAGCCCCUAGACACCAUGCUGGAUCAGCUCUUCCCGUCCCUGCCCUCUCCCCGCCUGCGCCUCUUCUCCUGUGGUCACAUAGUCCCCGGGGAGAGUGUGCUGCCGCUGGCCAUUGCCAAGGGGCCGUCUGGGAAGAGCCUUGAGUUCACCUUCCAGUCACGCAGCGAUCCAGCCAUGAUGUCAGAGCUCGGCCGGCUCCUCGUGAACGUGUGCUCCGUGGCGCCGGGCGGCAUCGUCGUCUUCUUCCCCUCCUUCGCAUACCUGCAGGAGGUGCAGUCCGCCUGGCAGGCAGGGGCAGCAGGGGCGGUGCUCCCCAUGCUGGAGGCUCGCAAGGGAGGCGUGUUCAUAGAGCCCAGGGGCGCUGCAGAAGUGGAGGCUGUGUUGGGGCAAUACAGAAGGUGCAUAGAGGGGAGGGGCGUGCAGGGGAAAGGGGGGGACCAGGGUAGGGACGUUCAGGGGAAGGAUAGUCGAGGGAGUGGGCAGGGAGGUGUGGGUACCAGUGGGGGUGAUUUGCAGGCGGCGAAUCGGGUGUCGCCACGUGGCGCGGUGCUGCUGUGUGUGAUGGGGGGGAAGAUGUCCGAGGGGAUCAAUUUCAGUGAUGACAUGGGUAGGGCAGUGGUGGUGGUGGGGCAGCCGUUCCCCAGCCCGUCGGAUCCGGAGCUGAAUGAACGGAUGAGAUUCAUCGACAGGCUUGCAGGCAGUAGCAGCCGCAGCAUCGGCGCCGCUGCUCCAGGGGCGGCUGACGCUGCUGGUAGUGGUGCUGCUGGUGGGGUUGCUGGUGGGGUUGAUGGCGGUGCUAUCGGCAACAGCGGCGGCAGAGCAGGCAUGAGUCGAUUUGAAACAGGGAGUCAAUGCAGGACUGCGAGACUCGGAGACUCGUCUGUUGGGGAGGGAACGGUGGCGCUGGUGGCAUCGCUGCGGUCGUGUGGGUCCAAGGGGCGGCAGCUGUACGAGGAUAUCUGUGCUAAGGCAGUCAACCAGUCCAUUGGCUUCGCUGCUUCUAAAUCGUCCGUGUCUCUUCGUCAACGCAGCGGACAAGUAUGCCGUGUGACAAUGAUCGCGUCGGCGAAAAGCUCGCCGAGAUUCGUCUGUGCUCUUUCAGGCGCCGAGUCCCACGACAACUCUCUCUCCUCUUCUUCCACCUUCGCUUUCCCGCCGUCAUCUGAAUCCUCCAAGCGACUCUCUCCGCCGGGAGCGGUGGCUUCUGAGAACUUCGUCGAGAUCGGCGGAGGCGGUCCGUUCAGUGGACCAAGCGGCAAAGGCGGAGGUGGAGGUGGGGGCGGUGGCGGAGGCGGUGGUAACGACGGCGGUGGCGGCGACGGUGAGCAGAACCGAUCCGACUCCCUUGCCGUGCUGGCUGCUUUGGGGAAGAGCGUCGAGUCCAUUCCCAAGGAGCUCGCAGAUGCAGUCUUGGCUGGUCGGGUUCCUGGUGCUAUCAUGGAGCGAUUUACCGCAAUGGAGAAGUCCGCGAUUCUGGGACGCCUGGUGCGCGUGUCUGGGUUCCAAGAACGCCUCCUGGCGGACGACCUUUUCUUCCUUAAAGUCUUCUUCGAGUGUGGCGUCGGAAUGUUCACAAAGACUUUGGCUGAGUACGAUCGCCGGAAGGAGAAUUUCAUGAAGGAGAUCAACUUCGUGAUCGCCGAUAUCGUCAUGGCGCUCUUCGCGGACUUCAUGCUGGUUUACCUGCCGGCGCCCACCAUUGCGCUGCGCGCUCCUGCCAUUAUCAAGGGCAACAAGAUCGCAUCGUUCUUCGCUCUUUGCCCUGACAAUGCCUUCCAGAUGGGGUUGGGGGGAGCCAAGUUCAGUCUGUUGCAACGAGCAGGCUGUGUCGUGAGGAAUGGAGCGAAGCUGAUGGCCGUGGGAACUGUGUCGUCCUUGAUUGGCACUGGUGUGACAAAUGCACUGGUUGCUUCUGGCAAGAAGAAGGAGGCUGCUGCAACCGGCAAGGAGGUGGUGAAGGGAGAGGGGGAGCUUCCUUUGGUGGCGACAAGUGUUGCGUAUGGUGCAUACAUGGCUGUCUCCAGCAACUUGAGGUGA